AUGUUACGCUAUUCCAGGGUAAUCUUGAAAGACGUUCCUCCCAACGAAUCUGACUAUAUUAACGCCAGUUAUAUAAAGAUACCGAAAGGACCACCACUGCAUCUUUACGCUAAUAGAGAGUACAUUUCCACACAAGGUUGUUUGCCUAACACUCUUCUAGACUUCUGGCGAAUGGUAUGGCAAGAAAAUAGUCGCGUAAUAGUCAUGACUACCAAAGAAAUGGAACGUUCACGGAGCAAAUGUCAUGUUUAUUGGCCGGCAUUACGAGAAGAGCUAAAUCUUCGUGAAUAUGUGAUCAAGACCGUCGAGGAGACUAAAGUGCCAGGCGACAACGGAUUAGACAUGUUCAUUAGGCGGCGUUUUAUGGUGGCUAAAAAAGUAAUGAAAAUACGCGAACAGCGAAGCCGUAUGGUCCAAACAGAAGCCCAAUAUGUCUUUCUGUACAGAGCAAUUAGUUGCUACAUAGCUAUGCAAAGUCGGUCUCGACAUCCUUCCGAUGAGACGGGUACCGGUGAAGGAGGACAUCCACUUCAUCUUCCACCACCACCAGUUCCGCGACGGCGAGCGGUACCGGAGGUCGCUCAGGCAUACGUGAAUAACGGAUAG